AGUGUCAAAAUAAACAAGCCUCGCCACCGAAUCCCAAACAACAACCGAAUAAACCCACCAGUAUUAUCAAAAUGACAAUAAUUUGAUAAAAAUAGAAGCCACUAAUGAACAUCUCCAUCGCCCGCAUCAAUGAACAGUCAUGAAAUCAGUGUACAGAUUCGGCUUUCUGUUCCUCCUUCUCGUGAGCUUACUAGUACUUUUGAAUUUCACGAAUCAACGGUCAAUUAACAAAAUAGUAAACCUAAAAAAUGAGGAAACAGUUGAACAUGCUGAAUCAAUUGUUGAGGCGCCUGCGAAGGCGAUUAUCCAGGAUGAAGUGGUGAUCUGCGUUGUGGUCUGUGGGGACAGACUAGACGAGGCCCUGACUAUGCUCAAAUCCGCCCUGGUAUUUACAAGUCGAUCACUGAAAUUCUUCAUCAUCACUGAACCAAAUCUCAUCAUCGAUUUUGAUGAGAAACUCACGGAUUGGAAGUACAAGACAAACAAAACAUUCAGUUAUGUCAUUAAACCUGUUGAAUUCCCUGAAUAUAGCGAUGUUGUGAUGUGGAAGAAACUGUUCAAACCCUGUGCAGCUCAGAGACUUUUUUUACCUACUUUACUUAACAACGUAGAUAGUGUUCUAUACGUCGACACAGACACCCUCUUCCUCGCUCCUCCAGAGCUAGUGUGGGACGAAUUCAAGCUCAUGAAUUCAUCUCAAUUGGCAGCCUUGAGCCCAGAGCACGAGGACCCCAACACUGGCUGGUACAACAGAUUCGCCAAGCAUCCCUACUACGGAAAAUUGGGGGUAAAUUCUGGAGUGAUGCUGAUGAAUCUCACUCGAAUGCGAGAGUUCAGGUGGACAGACUACGUGAUUCCCAUCCACAAGGAGUGGAGGCUCAAGAUAACCUGGGGAGAUCAGGAUAUAAUUAAUAUUAUCUUCCAUUAUCACCCUGAGAAGCUGUACAUCUACUCCUGCAGGUACAAUUAUCGUCCAGAUCACUGCAUGUACAUGUCUGUGUGCAUCGAGGCAGAGCGAGAGGGUGCACUUGUGGUACAUGGCUCCAGGGGGGCUUUUCACUCGAUGAAACAGCCACCUUUCAGGGCUGUAUAUCGUGCCAUGCAGCAGUACCAGCUGGAUACUGAUGCCUACGAGAAUCUUCUACUGCCAAUGCAAGGGUAUUUGACGAUGGAGGAUACGUCCAAUUGUGAGAAAGUUUGGAAGGCUUUCAUUAAACAGCCUGAGAUACAUCUGGGAAGGGAUUUUGUUAAUCGAGUGGAGGGGAAUGGGUUGUUAGAUGCUAUGUAAUGGUGGAAUUUAGUCGUGAAGUGGUGAAAGAUGAAUUGUUUUGGGCAAAACGUGGGGCUAAUAGGAAAACAAAAAUAACGUCAACGCAAUAAGGCCAAUGCCGAAUUCAACCGUUUUUAUGGAAUGUUAAAGUACAAAAUUCUGCACUGGUUGAUAGGAAGAAAAUACCUGUUAUGAUACGCAUCAGCCGUCCAAGGCUAUUUCUCCAAUUGACACUUUUUUUUUGAAAGUCUACCAAUAUCACCUCUGACAGAGAAAUUUAUUUGAAAAAUUAAUGAGGGUUCAUUAAUGUUCAGGAACAAUCUACCUGAAAUUAUGUAGGUGAAUUCGAAAUGCCGAAAAAUUAAUUCUGAAUUGAUGAAUACAAAGAAUCUCAAUUCAACAAUUUUUUAAAUAGUAAAUCGAUAACAAUAAUUAAUUAUAAUUAUGCUCGAGCAUAAGCUAACGAUAAUACCAGAGAGAACUGACGAUAACUGUGAUGUUUUUUCUAGGAAAUAAUCUCUUCUCUGUCUCUAUUUAAAUCAAUUAGAAUUUAAUCAUUCUACACGAAAUAUUCCAACCAAUUUUAUCAAUUUUUUCUUUGUACUUCUAAUAACUAAUUAAGUAAAUUAUACAAACGAUAUUACCUAUUUACAUGAAGGAUUUUCUGUCAUCACAUUUAAUAACGAAUAUUUAAUAAAACAA